CUUUACAGAAAAGUGGAGCGGUUUGGUUGGAUGCUUUCAGUUUCAGCCUGGAGGUGAGGCAUCCAUCAGUCACUGCCGUCUGAUGCGGAAUGGAGCCGUCGCCCACCCAUCUGUUGACCGCCCGGCUCAGUCUGAUUCGCUCGGAAACACGACGCUCAACAAUUCCUCCGUCUCCUUUCGGCGGAGUUCGUCGGUGUUCCUUUGUGUUCGCGCCGAGCAGCCCGUCAUAAAGCGAGGGGCCGAUCAGAUUAUGACAUGCGAACAAAGGACGGAGCUCCCUGGGCUCCGAAGCGAGACAAGUCCACCUUAAAUGCAAUUUGCGUCUGUGUAGCGGAGAAAGGCGCCAUCUUCGGUCCACCUUAAGCGCACAAUGUGGCCAACAAACGCAAGCGUACCAGGCAGGCUUCCGUCCUCAUUCUCCAGCCGGGGAUCGCACUUUGGCUUCCCAGCUUUAACACAGCGUCACUUGUGAAACAACAGGGAGAAAAGACGCACUCGGGCCAAACCCCAUCCGCAGCAGCAGGAGAAAGAUGUCCGAGCCCAAUAAGUACCGGGAGUGGAUCCUGGAAACAAUCGACUCUCUCCGCUCGAGGAAAGCCCGUCCGGAUCUGGAGAGGAUCUGUCGAAUGGUCCGGAGACGACACGGGUCAGACCCGGACCGAACCAGGACAGAACUGGAAAAACUGAUUGAAGAGCACACGGUGCUCAAAGUUAGCUACAAGGGCUCCAUAUCGUACCGAAACGCAGCGAAGGUGCAGAGAAAAAGCAGAAAGAAGAGUGAGUUUACGGCUGCUGGCAGCAGCAGCGGCGCGGAGGCAGCGAGAGAGCGGACCAAACACGAUCAUCUGAACAACAACGGCGACAGUGCGCACAGCUUCACCGACCAGGAGGAGGGAGAGGAGGACUCGGAGCCCAGCCCAGGUCCCCACACUCAAACAUCAACCAACACCACCGGCAAGAAGGUUAAGCCUGCCUCCAGCCCGAGUAGCGGAAACGGGUGCCUCAGUUGUGGCGCAACAACGGGCUGCGCCGUCGGGAGCGGCUGUAAAGAGGAGAAAGCAAGUGCACCGAAAGACAAGGGAUUAGGACAGCAGGGAGCCGGGGACUGCCAGUCGCCAGGUCUCGACCACGGAGCGGGCGCUCACGGUGGGGGCGAUGCCAGCAGGAUAACACCAAGCAAAGCCGAUGCAGCUGGCGGAGGGAAGGCGCCCGCUCCGUCCGGAGCUGACACCCUCAGCAAAACUUGCUCUGGGAGCGCCAGCACCCUCCCUCAACAUCAGAGGCAGAAGCAGACUGUGCCCCUCAAGCCCAAACUUCGAGUCGAGGGAGGGGGCGGCAGAACAGCGGGGAACCACGCCAACUCCGACCUGGGCGAUAGGCUGGUGGCUUCUGUUCGCAGCCUGUCCGAGAGGAGCCUCAGAGGGGGCUCCUCCGCCGCCACCAGAGGCCAAAUGAAGCCGCUCGGGCUGAAGGAGAUUCUGGGGUAUCUGAGCAGCCAGGAACGGCUGUCGGAGGAAAAGCUGACCCGAGGCAAAGUCAAAGUGGUCAUGGAGAGAGAGGUGGCGAGGGGCAGGCUGCGCAGGACCCGCUGCGGGAACAUUACUCUUCCUCUGAGGGGGAUGGUGGUGGAGGAGCCGAUGCCGAAGAAUGUGUCCGCUGACAGACUUGCAAAGAGCACACUGCAGGACAAACACACUGUGAAAAAGGAGAAUGGUCCGAUGGAAACAGCCAGCGAAGAGGAAGAGCGGGGAGAGAAGGAGGAAGAAGAGGAGGAGGAGGAGGAAGAGGAUGAGGAGGAGGAGGAGGAAGAUCCCCAGAGUUCUGAUGAGGAGGGAGGACUAUCCGUGGUAGCCAUGACAACCGAACCAGGGCUCAUUGAGAAAACCACCGAAGAUGCUGAGAUCCAGACAGCAUCAAAGCAGGAGAGCCCUCCGCAGCAACAGCAGGGUGGCAUAGGGAUGACUGGCCCUGAUUUCCUCCCCAAGACGCAGUCGCCACCUGUUCAGGAAGCCGCAGCAUCCCAGUGUAACGGUGCACGCUCGGAGGAGAAAGUUCCUGAACGGCCACAUAUGGAGACACAAGACCAGGUGCAGCAUGAUGGGAUAAACCACUCCUCUUCAGGCUUUAAUGGCUCAGAGUGUAAGACGGAGGACGGCGUGUCGUCCUGCCUGCUUACACCCACUUCCUCCCCGAGAGACUCGGGCCUGUCCGAAGAGCGCGGGAUUAGCGUGAGCAGUGGAGAGCUUAUAAAAUCUGAGGGGGUCAGUGGGAGCCCGGUGGACUGGACAGUGGCUGAUGUGGUCAGCUAUUUCACAGCAGCAGGUUUUCCUGAGCAGGCUGCCGCCUUCAGGACUCAGGAAAUCGAUGGAAAGUCUCUUCUCCUCAUGCAGCGGAAUGAUGUCCUCACUGGCCUGUCAAUCAGGCUCGGUCCCGCCCUCAAGAUCUACGAGCGCCACGUAAAGGUUCUGCAGAAAACACACUUUGAGGAUGACGACUGCUAACAGCACGCACGAAACACACGCAGACUGUUUGUACAUAUAUCUCAAGUUAUCUAAAAAUGCAUGCGUGAUAUAGAGUACAAUACACUUUUCAUCUCAUGUCAGACAUCACACACAAAACACACACAGAGGCACCUCUGUUUCUCUUCCUCCUGGCCUUCUACCACUGGUUUGAUCCUUAACACAGGAUGGAGACUGGAUUUUCUGGAAAACAAGGUGUUUUUCUACCAAACAGAGCACAAAUGUGGCAGGGUGAAAGUGGACUCAUGAAACUUUUUAUGAAACAGAGAUUCAAAACAAUCAUGCAAUUUUUAUUUCUUUUUUUUCUUUUUCUUUUUUUUUACAAUUAAGCACUUUGCAAUUUUAUUGUUCUAUUGAUAAACCUGUGCAAGAUGGUUUGUGUUUAACCCGUUAUUUGUGAUGACUGUUGUUUUGACAGAGGUCGUGUUUAUUCUACGGUGGGGUGGGGCGGGGCGGUGGUGGGGGUGUCAUUGAGUGUUUUGUUUUGUUUUGGUUUUUUUUUUGGUUGCAAACUGAGGGUUUCUUUCUUAUGGGUGCAUGUUUGUCUGUGUAGAUGUAGAUGGAGCAUGUUGGACAAUUAGAAAAACUUAGAAGUUGACCAAACUAAAUAUAUAUUUCCCACAAGAUGGUUGGGAUGCCUAACCAUUGUGUAAUGUGACCAGGCAAAAAUCGGGUGCCGAGUUCAUGUCCUUCCACAAACGGUUCUUGAUCAAAGCAAUAAACUGAUGAUUUCUCCCUGGAUAUCUGAGAGGUCGUUGGACCUUGUUAGCUCGUAGACUGCCAAGUGGUCGAUUUUGAAUAGCCCAAGGCUGGAGAUAAACUUGACACCCAGUUAAAACAAAACAAAAAUGCUGUUGGCACCAUGCUCAUUUUGUUUUACCAAUAUUUGCCUUUGUGAAUGGACGUAAUGGUCUCGGACUGUCUCCAUUUCAUUUUGCAGGUUUCCUUCCCAUUUCUUAAAAGACACUAACCUCCGCAAGCCGUUUUCCGAGAUAUUUGUCACUGUGAUCUGGCAAUGACAACAGCUCCAAAAUGUCCACGUGUCACGUGUCCAUACUGCCCCAACUGUUCAUGUUCAUACAGAUGCAGGAUAUGCAAGGCAGUCGUCGCUCACCCGUGAACGCGAUGUAAAAGCAAGUAAAUCUGUGGCCUAUGCGUCACCAAUCAGGGGCUGGGUUCACAGUUAUACUAUGGCUUGAGUCUUGAGUCUUGUUAUUGACAUCUAAAUUCAUCUGGGUUGCUAUCCAAUCAGGAGUGUAAGCGGGAUCUGCACUGUAGCAAUGUAAGCUACCAUAGCAUACCACCCAAAAACUUCAAUUUUAGCAACACAACAUAUUGUGUACUUGUUGUUUUUUUGUUUUUGUGUUUUUGUAAAUGUAGCUAACAUUUUGUUUCAGUGUGAAGUUGGAUAGAUUAACCGCUGUCCAUAUUACACCUUGACGACUUCACUACAAAUGGAUCAUAUAUAUUAGCAAGCUAACAUUUGUUCGCUCAAUUGGUUCACUAAGCUAACAACAGUUACACUUUACAUUUAUGCUGCCUUCAGAUGGAACUCAACAAAAUCACACUUGCGUUAUGGGAAGUUGUGUACAGAAAAAUGCUUCCUGUUCAAACUGUAACACAAAUACUUAAGUCAUGAGAACACCGCUGCUAGGAAUGGUAAAAUGCUUAAAGAAAAGAUGAGACCUUUGGACCUUUGGGCUGUAUUUUACUCAUACGUGUUAUAGAAUUCUAAAGGGACCACAUUAACAACUAAAUUGGACUAUAUUAAGUUACCAUUCGCUUCCAUCACUUCUAAAAACGUCGGCAACCACGUCGCAACUCAUUAACUCUGACCUUAUCAAAAAUAUCCAGCGACGAGGUGCUGAAUACCACCGGAGGGGUCCGUUCAUACUAUAUAGACUGUUCUUGUGAACGCCGUUAACACAACCUCAUUUGAAGGCAGAAUUUCUGCAGACUAUUUAAGAACAACUGAUCUCCAUGUAAUGUUUGUGUCAUGAAACUACAAACAGUUGGUGCAACCUCGUGUUUCAUUGGGAAGAUGAAAACAACUGAACUCUUAACAGCAAACCACAAGACAAACAACAGCCACAUUUUCCUCUUUUUUUGUCAAUUUGUCACUGAAUGUUACCUACACAACGAGGUUCUUAGUCCACCCUGAGGCUGAAAGUAAGCCUUAGUCUCAUAAGGCCAAACAGUAGAGACCAGUCAAAAAUAUCUCUGUGAAACCAGCAGCAGAAGGGUUGAUCAAAUACACCAGCUAAAUGAGCUGAAAUCAGCAGAACAAUCAACUCUCUACUAUAUAUACAUAGAAAAUAAUGUAAAUAUUUUAAGACCGAUUCAUUAGCCAUUUAUAAAAUGAGUCGCACAACAUUACCUAAUUGAAAGAUGCUACAGCAGGUUAAAGCUGAGUCAAUCACUAAUCUCAUGCCACCAGCAAUUUUUUAAUGGUCGAUAGUUAGCAACUAAUUGUUGUCUAAAUCGUCACACAACUCAUUCCCAUUUGUGCUUUAGCAGGAUACAUUCCAGUUUUGCGUCACCAAACUAAUGUCUUUUCCAUUGUUCCUAUUUGAUAUAAACUGGUUUCAUUUUGACAAAUGUUUGUUUCCUUUAUUCUCCGCUCAUCAGAUCAACUGUUUCUUUGUGCAUUCAGACCUCCUCUACCUCUCACUUUCUUUCUCUCUCCAAGAACAAGUUUAGGCAGUGCACUCGUUGUUAACGUUAUUUCAUGCUUAUUUGUUAAAUCAUUUGGAGAGAGCGUCUGUGUCUGAGUGCUGAUUCUCAAAGAGGGAUGUACAGUGUGUCUACGCCCUUGUUGCUUGUUAUUUGUUAAAGGUCAGUUUUAGUAAUAAAAGCUGAAAAUGAAAUGAC